CCGCGAUGCACAUGCCUCGAGAGACGGCAGCGCGGCUCUGGCCGAACGCUGAGCUCCGCAGCGCCAUCCAGUGUUCGUCCGCCUCUUCACUCCGUCGUCACCCACCGAGCAGCUGGACGCGCCGGGGUGAAACACUGAGAGAUUGACAGCGACAUCCAGGAGCAGCUUGUUAAGAGGGAAUGAGCACCAGGACAACCAGGCCAACCACUGAAAAACUGAGAAAAUUGCAUCAGAGAAAUGUGUAGGAGUCCAGUGAUGGGCUGUUUCCUGAGGCCCUUCUGCUGAGGACCCCAACCGGCCUCCCCAGCUUCCUGACUUCAUGCCCCGGUGUUCCGGUGGCAGUCAGAGGAGUGGCAAUCACGGAAGGUGUGGCAGCAGGCGAGCAGCUGCCAAACAUGCCCACAGAAAUGCUACGAUCAGCUAGUGCGGUCAGGGCCUCUGGUCAGGCUGCUGCCGCCUCGGCUGUACCCCUGCGCAUCCUAAACAAGGGGCCAGAGUAUUUCCGGCGAUCUACUGAGCCCAACCCCCGACGAUUGAGUGCAGUGGAGCGGCUCGAAGCUGACAAGGCCAAGUAUGUGAAGAGCCAGGAGGUGAUCAAUGUCAGGCAGGAGCCUAUAAGGCCACCCACUCCCAAAGCCUUUAACAACAAUGCCAAGUCAGAAACUUGCACCCCUAAGGGCAACCUCAACUUAGAGGUUCUGAGGAACAUCCUGAAUGGCUCUGAGGGAAUGUCGGCUGGUACGGGGAAGGGUGCAGUGUCCUGCCUUCAGGCAGGCAACCUCAACAUCAGCCGUCGGCUUCUAGAGGAGCAGAUGUGUGACCUGCCUCAGCUACAUGGCUCUCGCAGCUCCUCGGAUGUCAGGAGGACACACCACCCCAACUGGUGCCGAGCCCCACCCAGCUGUGGUUCUGCCCCUCCCAGUGCCAUGUCUGCCAACAUGCCUUUGAUCCUGGGGUCCCCAGGACCAGAAGUGGGAGUGGCAGCUGCUCAUAUGGCUUCUGUACAACGUUCCAGUUUGGACUUGAGCAAGCGUUCAGACACAGAUCGCUUCUUCAGCCACUGUGGCUUGGACCCAGCAGAGCUAGAGAAUGUGAGCAUGGAGAGCAUUCCACUGGCUAGCUCUGAUGUCAUCUCGUUGAACUUUCGUAGUGCCAGUAUGGUGAGUUCGGACCGUGAGCGGUCACCCCACAGCGAUGAGGAGCCAACAGAUGAGGACGAAGAUACCAGCGAUCGUGUGCCUUACGGUAUCUCGGCCGUGGAGAGGAACGCUCGUGUCAUCAAGUGGCUGUACAGCAUCCAGCAGGCUAGGGACUCUCAGAAGGUGUCUCAUGUCUGAUAUUUCCCACUGUAGUCCUCUUUCUAUGAUCCAUAUGCCAUCCUGGAGAUUACAUGAAAUUGCCAUGGGAAUCCUUCUCAGAUGAGGAAGUGAAAUCAGGUGUUCACCUGUAUCAAUUUAACAGGUAAAUGUGAUAAUGAGGCAGCGUCCCUCAGAGCUGCAGUGAAUCAAGUCUUCAUUCCUGCCUGUUCACACAAACCUGCGGCCAACAGGGGGCAGCAGAGACCUCACCAAAUUCAAAUUAUGGCUUUGUGAUCUGAAUUCUUAGCAAGUCACAUACAGUAGGUGAUGCAAUUGCUCUAAAUUUUUUAGUGUUGUAAAUGUUUUAUGGAUGUGUAGAUACCUCCAGAGUUGUUACCAAAUCUUUAUUCUCAGUUGUUUUUUGCUUCUACUUUAAAUUCCGAUCACAUUCCUUUUGUCGCUGCAGCAGCUCAGUGAAUAGCGGUGUCGCUUCUCAUUGCCCAGGCUGGUCUGACAAAGGUUUGACUCUGCCUCAGUCUGUGUUGAGUUUGCAUGUUUUCCCUGUGUCUGUGUGGGUUUCCUCCAGGUGCUUUUGUUUCCUCCCACUAUCCAAAGACAUGCAGUUCAGCUGAAUUGGCGAUGCUAAAAUUGCCCAUGGUGUGGGAAUGUGUGGCUACCCUGUGAGGGAAUGGGAUCCCAUCCAGGGUUUACCCCACUUAGCCUCAUGCUCAGUGAUUCUGGAAUAGGCUCCAGACUGCUGUAACCUUGAUCAAGACAAACGUUUACUGAAAAUAGAUGUAUUAUACAUUUUGUUUUGUUGCACUUUGACAUUUUAUAUUCUGCCAAUGCGUUAAGCAUUUUUGAUUAUGUUGACAAUAUUUGGUGUCAGUAUUUUGGAUGGAAUGUCAGCAGAAAUAUUUUAUUUACUAUCAUUUGUUUUGCAUUAAUUUAGUAAAAGAAAAGUGAGAAAAUGUUUUUGUGAGGCAAAUUGAGUGCAGUGUGGAGGUGGUGUGAGUAGGCUGAUGGUCCUUUACCUGCAAACCACCUUCUUCGUCACUCUCGUGAUCUGUUGGAAUGUUCAGUGAUGUUCACCCUGUUUCUUUAAACAGUUCUUGUGUAUGUACUUUUGUAAAAGAAAAAUAAUAAAUGGC